AACACAAUACAACUCACCACAAACACACAACUGGAUUCAAAACAAAACAUCAAAAGAUGAAUGCCACAAAGUUUGUUGUGCUUCUCGUGAUUGGCGUUUUGUGUGCCAUUGUCACCGCACGGCAGGUCGAAGUUGUGUCCAAGGAGACCAAAUUAGGCACCUCUCUUUCAAAAACUACUACCAAAGGCAUUGGAGCUCAGCUUUCUGCUUAUGGCAGAACUGACAGCAGCUCUUACGUCUUCAGCUCUGCUACUGCUUUUAAAAACCCCAAAGGUCCAGGGGCCAAUGCAUACGAAGGUGGCUCCACAUAUACUGACGGAAUAGUCUAUGCCAAGGGUCACAAGGCAAAAGUUUCUUCUGCUAGUCGUUCUAAAGCUAAAGGCGAGGCUAAGGCUGCAGCGACUCACAAAGCUGCUUAUGCACGUGCAAAAGGUUCGGUAAAAUCCGACUCAAGGGUGAAGGGUUCCUCUCAGAAGAAGGGCCACAAAGGAAAAAAGCAUUGAGCGUGAGGUGAUCUCAUGCUUAUUGCUCAAACCUAUUAAUAAUAUCCUACAAACUACAAACUCACAAUCUCUUUUCUGUUCAUAAAUAAAACCAGAGAUUGUCACCUCUAAAUAUUAUAAUGAAAUGCUACUCUUUCUCAUGUAAUGGCUUUUUGGAUAAUAAAAUAAAUGCAAUAAAUACGAUCUUAUAUU